UCCAGAGCGAGGAGGAGGGCUGAGGAUGUCCCGAUCUAUGGGUCCACUGGCAAAGAAGAUCUUUAAAGGAGUGUUAGUAGCUGAACUUAUGGGCGUUUUUGGAGCAUAUUUUUUGUUUAAUAAGAUGAACACAAGCCAAGAUUUCAGGCAUACAAUGAGCAAAAAAUUCCCCUUCAUCUUAGAAGUUUAUUACAAAUCCAUUGAACACUCUGGAAUGUAUGGAAUCAGAGAGCAAGAUCAAGAAAAAUGGCUGAGCAAUAAAAAUUAGGAAUCUGACCAUCAAUCAAAGUUUGAUUUCAAAGUAUUUCAAAGUAUCAGGCAAGAUUAAAAUUCUGAAAUUGACAAGGAUGUAUUUUCAAUAUUUAAGGUUAACUGUAAAUUCUAAGUCAGACAUUUUGUUCUUGGAGUAACUGUGAAGAAGUGAUGGAGGGUUUGUUUAUUGUGUUAUAACUAGUUUUGUUUACUACUUGAAAUAAAGUGGUUCUUCAA